ACCCCGUUCCCGCUAUCUACCAGAGGUUAAAAGUGGGGCUCUAGCUGGAAGCUCCAAGCCUCGUGAAAAUUGAUCAACAAAAUCCUCAGCACUCCCCGACCACGACGGCUACCCAUCCUCUCCCCUGACUCUGGAGCAUGGCGUCAACGACCAGAGCAGCGAUGAGGCUCCCUGCCUCAUCAAUUGCCUUCAGAGCAACUUCACGGAGACAAAUUGCGACGUCAUCUCAAUCUUUUCUCACACCUGCGCGACCGAGCUCCCGCAUCCUCCUCGAUAAGAGCAAACUCCAGCAAAAUUUCCAUCGCAGCUAUGCCGAUAUUGCUCCUGCGAAGAAGCCCAAAAGAUUCCGGUUCUUCAGGUUUCUUUGGCGCCUCACGUAUUUCUCUGCCAUUGGAGGCACCGCUUAUCUAGCCUACGGUGUUUAUGACCAGAAGCAUCCUGAUGACCAAUUUGAACCAGAUCCAACCAAGAAGAAUCUUGUUAUCCUUGGGACUGGGUGGGGUGCUGUGUCUCUUCUUAAGAAGCUCGACACCGAAAACUACAAUGUCAUUGUCAUCUCUCCUCGAAACUACUUCCUCUUCACCCCUCUUCUUCCGUCAUGUACCACCGGCACUGUCGAGCAUCGAUCGAUCAUGGAACCAAUUCGAAGCAUAUUAAGACACAAGAAAGCUGCAGUUAAGUACUAUGAAGCAGAGGCUACGAAGAUCGACCCCGAGAGGAAGGUUAUCGCAAUUGAUGACAACUCUGAUAUCAAGGGGGCUAGCAACAAGACUGAGGUCUCCUACGAUAUGCUCGUUGUAAGUGUUGGUGCUGAGAACGCUACAUUCGGCAUUCCGGGCGUGAAGGAGCACUCGUGCUUCCUGAAGGAAAUCGGUGACGCCCAGCAAAUCAGAAAGAAGAUCAUGGACUGCGUCGAGACUGCAACCUUCAAGGACCAAUCUCCGGAAGAGGUGGCGCGUCUUCUUCAUAUGGUGGUUGUUGGUGGCGGCCCUACCGGUGUUGAAUUCGCUGGUGAGCUCCAGGAUUUCUUCGACGAAGACAUCAAGAAGUGGGUCCCCGAAAUCAGCGACAAAUUCAAGGUGACACUCAUCGAAGCGCUCCCCAACGUCCUCCCUAUGUUCUCCAAGCAGCUUAUCGAUUAUACUGAAGCGACUUUCAAGGAAGAGAAAAUCACAAUCAUGACGAAGACCGCCGUGAAGAAGGUGACCGAUAAGACCGUCGAAGCUGAAGCGACUGGCCCUGAUGGAAAGAAGACCAUUCAAAUCAUGCCCUACGGUCUCCUUGUCUGGGCGACUGGGAAUGCAGUCCGCCCAAUCGUCAGAGAUCUGAUGUCUCAAAUUCCCGCCCAGAAAGAUUCGAGGAGAGGUCUUGCUGUCAACGAGUAUCUCGUUGUUCAAGGCACCAAGGACAUAUGGGCAACCGGCGACUGCGCCGUUGCUGGAUAUGCGCCAACUGCACAGGUAGCUUCCCAAGAAGGUGCCUUCCUGGCCCGUCUCUUCAACACCAUGGCCAAGAGCGAGGCCAUCGAACACCAAAUUCACGACCUCAGCUCCUCCCUCAAUUUGCAACCUGGCAACACCGCAGAUAUUGCAAAGGAAAUCGAAGCACAUGAGAAACAGUUGAGAAGAAUAAAGGACAUCAAGCCGUUCCACUACACUCACCAAGGCUCCUUGGCAUAUAUUGGGAGUGAGAGAGCGGUUGCUGAUGUGAGCUGGUUGAAUGGCAACUUUGCUACUGGUGGUGGAUUAACAUAUUUGUUCUGGAGGAGUGCGUACUUGAGCAUGUGCUUCAGCACUCGCAACCGUGUCCUCGUCGUUCUCGAUUGGUUGAAGUCCAAAGCGUUUGGACGUGACGUCUCGAGAGAAUAGGUGUCUGAUGGGAAGUACGGGUAUGAAUAUAGAAUGGUUCGUGGGAAUGGGAGCAAACGAGGAUAAGAACUGUAUACUGUUUUUCUUUCAUAAUGAACUAGGGAUAGAAGGUCAGUGUAUGUCUGUAUAUAUUUUCCAGAAAUGAAAACCAAAGUUGCAAAACACCA